AUGCGUCCGCACGGCCCGGGUGGUCAAUCCCAGGUCGACUCCGGCCCAGUGUGUCCAGAUCUACGGAUUGCUGACAAAAGCUCGAAGGCCGACGAGCUGUACUGCGAUCGCAGCAGAGGCAAAGUGCUAAAAGAACAUAUGGCUGUGUUGGACAAUAUGCGCACGAGAUCGACUGCCGGUCAUAAUUCAUGGCGUCAAAUUGCAAUUUGUAAAAAAUGCAUGCGAGCUUCUCAGACAUUGAAUCAGGACGGUUUCGAGAGGAUAGGCCUCGGUUUGAAAGAAAUGUACCAGAUGCUCACUCUUGGUGGUGAUGCCUCCUUGGAUCUCAAAGAUUCCAUGGAUCCAUUCACUCAAGGCAUUCAGUUUAUGUGGGUUUUGGUGUUCAUUGUCGUGAAACAUAGAUAA